UAAAAAGCAAAAGUACCAAUCAAAAACUCAUUAAAGACAGAUCCGUCUCAGCUAACAUUUAAUUUUCUCUUCAUAAUCAUCUCACAUCUCCCUUAAAACUUAUCAUCGGGUCUUAAGGAUCACAAGAAGAAGAAUGGGUGGGAUGUGUAUGUCUGCUUGUGGUGGUGGUGACGAUGAAGGUUCGAGUUUACUAACACAUCUUGUCAUAAUUGUUGUCAUUUGUCUCUCCAUCAUGGCCGUUUGUACCUCCAACGAACGCCGUACAUCUGUUCGUUACGUCCGGUGCCGUUGACCUACGACUACAAGUCAUCUCUAUAUAUCAGAUCACAUCUCUACAUAAGAUUUCUUCGGAUUCUCUUUAUACUAUGUAUGUGUUGAUUAUUGAUUAGUGAUAUGAUGAAUUACGGUACAGGUUUUUGUCUUCUUUUUUUUUACCAAAUAUAUGGAUCAGAAUGAUAAAAUCACAUAACUCCCA